UAUAUCCUAAACUCUAACCAUAGUUUCAUUUCCUAAUGACUAUAACAUUCAUAUUUUAUGAUUUUUUUCUUUGUGUGAUAUUUUAAAAUAAAAACUUGAUUGAUUAAUAUUUUUUUUAUUUCUCCAUAAAUUAUCAAGGUCAAGUGUAAACUAAGAACAUUUUACAGCAGUUUUUUAAAAAAUCGGUUGUAACAUACAAAACAUGUGAAUGGUCAAAGUGGACCAUUUUGUAUUGAUCAUCCACUCAUAUCCAAAACAAAAAUGAUUCGAAAAGAAGAGAAACUUCAAAGGCAAGUUAAGAUCCAAUGAGAAUGAAGCUUCUUAACAUCUAUCUGUUCUUCUUCUUCAUGUUCUUCCCAUGUUCUAGAAGCUGUAACUCAAAUGACAAAACUACUCUCCUCAAGAUCAAGAAAUCAUUAAACAACCCUCAAAUCCUCAACUCUUGGGACCCCCAAACCAACUGCUGCACCAACUGGACCGGCGUCGCGUGCACUCACCGCCGCAUCACUGGCCUCACUAUCUCUGCUGGAGACGUCGUUGGUGAGAUAGCUGAGGAGAUAGGAGACCUCACUGACCUCGUUAUCCUAGACUGGAGCAGCCUCUCUCGACUCAGAGGAACCAUUCCACACUCUAUCACCAAGCUCAAGAAUCUAGUCUACCUUCGGUUUAGGAUAACCGAACUCUCUGGUCCAGUCCCGGAAUACAUCAGCGAGCUUCAGAACGUUACUUUCUUGGACCUCUCCUUUAACCGGUUCAACGGUUCAAUACCCGGUUCGAUUUCUCAGAUGCCUAAACUUGAGACCAUACAGCUCAGUCAUAACAAGUUAACCGGUUCUAUACCGGAAUCUUUUGGUUCCUUUGUUGGAAAGGUCCCAAAACUCUACUUGGGUAAUAAUCACCUCUCAGGAGAAAUACCAAAGUCGUUAUCCAAAACCGAUUUCAACACUCUGAGUUUGUCAGGAAACAACUUCAAUGGGGAGGCUUCAAUGUUCUUUGGACAUAACAAAACAACCUUAAGACUGGACUUGUCUCGGAACAACUUCCACUUCGAUCUCUCAAAGUUGAAGCUCGCCAAGAGCUUGGUGUCACUUGACAUUAGCCAUAACCGUGUGUUUGGAGAGCUUCCCUUGGAACUGACCAAUCUCAGACUAGACCAUUUUAACAUAAGUUUCAACCGUCUUUGUGGGUCCAUCCCACAGGGUGGUCUGCUCCAGAACUUUGAGGUCUAUGAGUUCUCCAACAACCUCUGUCUAUGCGGUGCGCCCCUCAAGCGUUGCUAAGCCAAUUCGAUCAAACACAUUUUGAAAAUGUAUUGUGUAUUUUGUUUUAGUUUGAAAAUUAGAUUGAAUAUUCUCUUAUCUAUCUGUCUUGCACCUCGUCUCGUGCUUACUCAGAAACUUCAUAUAAUCUUUUUGGCCUCCUAGUAGCGAAUCACUGGAAGCAAAACAGCAGACACAGUCCAACUCUACAUAAGCUUAUGAUGAUCACAAAGAUGCAAAUCAAAUCUCUUUUAGGC